GAGCCGUUCACGCUGCAUGACGGCCCGCCGUACGCCAAUGGCGAUCUGCACAUCGGCCACGCGCUCAACAAGAUUCUCAAAGACUUCAUCAACCGCUACCAGAUGUUGCGCGGGCGGAAGGUGAAAUUCGUGCCGGGGUGGGACUGCCACGGGCUGCCCAUCGAGCUCAAAGUCCUUCAGUCAAUGGACAGCAAGGCAAGGCAGGGCCUGACCCCCAUCAAGCUCCGUAAAAAGGCAGCCCAGUUCGCCCUCAAGACGGUGGACAAGCAGCGGCAGGCCUUCCGGCGCUACGGCGUGUGGGCGGAGUGGGAGCACCCCUACCUCACUCUGCGGCCCGCCUACGAGGCCGCUCAGCUGGGAGUUUUUGCCCGCAUGGUGCUGAAUGGUCAUAUCUACGGCGGGAGAAAGCCCGUGCACUGGAGUCCUUCCUCCCGCACUGCACUUGCAGAGGCCGAACUUGAGUACCCAGACGUGCACGUCUCUCGGAGCAUCUACACCACCUUCCCUCUACGAUCCCUCUCCUCCUCCCUACCAUCCUCCCUCGCCCCCCUGCUCCCCUCCCUCGCCCUGGCCAUCUGGACCACCACGCCGUGGACCAUCCCUGGCAACGCUGCUGUUGCUGUCAACGAGCGCAUCUCCUACUCCAUUGUCGAAAUCGGCCCCCCUGCUGCCUCUGAUGCUGAUUCUGCUGCUGCUGCUGGCGAUGCUGCUGCUGGUGCUGUUGCUGACAGUGAUGCCGCUGCUGCUCCCGCUCCGACCUUUGGCAAGGGGAAGAGGAACACUGGCUCUCUCCUCUCCUCCCUCUCCUCCCUCUCCUCUGCUGCUGAUGGUGAUGCUGGUGCUGCUGCCCCUCCCGCCACGCGCCACGUCAUCGUUGCCACUGACCUCAUCCAAUCCCUGCAGGCCACGUGGCGCUGCUCCCUCACCCCAGUCGCCACCUUCCCCGGGUCCCACCUCGAGGGCUCCACCUACCAGCACCCGCUGGACGGCAGGAUUUGUCCCGUAGUGGUGGGCGGGGAAUACAUCACCACGGAAUCCGGCACGGGAUUGGUCCACACGGCGCCAGGACACGGGCAGGAGGACUAUGCUACGGGUCUUAAGUACGGUCUGGAGUUAAUCUCCCCUGUGGAUGAUGAGGGGAGGUUUACUGCCGAGGCCAAGGGGGGGGAUUUUGAGGGUCUGAGCGUGCUGGGGGAAGGAAACGCGGCGGUGAUGACGGCUCUUGAUAAGAAUGGAUCGCUGCUGCUGGAAGAGGCGUAUGAGCACAAGUAUCCGUACGACUGGCGCAGCAAGCAGCCCACCAUCUUCCGAGCCACGGACCAGUGGUUUGCCUCCGUCAAUGGCUUUAAGGAGGAGGCACUGCAGGCCAUCCGAGGGGUGCAGUGGUUCCCUCCACAGGGCGAGAAGCGCAUAACAGCCAUGGUGGAGGGGCGAUCUGACUGGUGCAUCUCACGGCAGCGCUCCUGGGGCGUGCCCAUCCCCGCCUUCUAUCACGUGGAGACGGGCGAGCCACUUCUUACCCAAGAGACCAUCGCCCAUGUUCAGGCCAUUGUGGCAGAGAAGGGCAGUGACGCGUGGUGGGAGAUGGACGUGGCGGACCUGCUGCCCCCCUUGCUGCGCGACCAGGCCUCGCAGUACCGCAAGGGCUCUGAUACCAUGGACGUCUGGUUCGACUCCGGAUCCUCCUGGGCCUCCGUCCUCGCCUCCUCUCCCUCUCCCUCGACCUCCGCCUCCUCCCCCUCGGCCUCCACCUCCGCCUCUGCCUCCGAAACCAACGGAGCUGCUACGGAAACCGGGAGCCCAGCUUCCAGUGCAGCGACCAGUGCAGCGACUACAACCACCAGCAGCAAUGCAGGGCUCAACUUCCCAGCGGACCUGUAUCUGGAGGGCAGCGACCAGCACAGAGGGUGGUUCCAGAGCUCGCUGCUCACAGGCGUGGCGGCAGCCGGCACGGCACCGUACCGGGCCGUGCUGACCCACGGGUUUGUGCUGGACGAGAGGGGCAUGAAGAUGAGCAAGUCCGUGGGGAACGUGGUGGAUCCCUUGACUGUCAUCAACGGGGGCAAGAACCAGAAGACCGAGCCAGCGUACGGAGCAGACGUGCUGCGGCUGUGGGUGGCCUCAGUGGACUACAGUGGCGACGUGGUGAUCGGGCCGACCAUCGUGAAGCAGAUGAGCGACGUGUACCGCAAGCUCAGAGGCACUCUGAGGUUCCUGCUGGGCAACCUGCACGACUAUCAGCCCUCCGAGGCAGUCCCAUACGCCAGCCUGCCUGCUCUCGACCGCUAUGCGCUGCGCCGCCUGGCAGACGUCAUGCAGGACGUGCAGCAGAGCUACGAUGACUUCCAGUUUUACCGCUUCUAUCAGCUCAUACAGCGGUUUGCAGUGGUGGACCUCUCCAACUUCUAUUUCGACGUCUGCAAGGACAGGCUCUAUGUGGGCGGUCAAGACUACCUUACCAGGCGGGCAUGCCAGACAGUGCUAGCACACCACCUCACGGCCUUCCUGGCAGCCAUCGGCCCCGUGCUGCCCCACAUGGCUGAGGACGCCUGGCAGAACCUCCCCAGCAACUUCCCCCGGCCCGUCCCCUCCGUCUUCCAAAUGCCGUGGCCCAAGCCGGACGCUGAUUGGCUGUCGUUCGGUGAUGCUGAGCUGGCAACAUGGGGCACACUCAUCGAGCUGCGAUCGGAGGUGAACAAGGUGAUGGAGCGGGCGCGCAUGGGCAAGCUCAUAGGCGCCAACCUGGACGCAGCAGUCUACCUGCACACGCCCAGCCCCUCCCUCUCCUCCGCGCUGCUAGCCCUCUCCGACUCCCCCGCUUCCAGCACCGCAGCAGCCACAGGCAACACAGCAGCAGCAGCAGCAGCAGCAGAAGAAGAAAGGGAAGGGAGUGGACAGAAGGGGCUGAAGGAGCUGCAAGCAGUGGACAGCCUGAGGACCGUCUUCCUCUCCUCUCAAGUGCACGUGCUUCCCUCUGAGGCCGAUCUUGCCUCGCUCGGCCUGGAGUUCUCAUCUGAUGUGGAGGUGCAGUGGAACGGGGAGGCCGCACGCGUGCUGGUGGCGGUGGGGAGGGCGGCGGGCGGCAAGUGCGAGCGCUGCUGGAACUUCUCGCAGGCAGUGGGGUCGUUUGCAGGGCACCCCACGCUGUGUGCGCGGUGCCACUCUGUUGUGGCUGACCUUACGUUCGACCUGCUACUUGCGACGCUCGAACUGCUACUUGCGACGCUUUACCAGCUUAUUGCGACGCUCGACCUGAUACUUUCGACGCUACAUGUGCUACUUGAGACGUUCGACCUGCUACGUGCGUCGCUCGACCCGCUACGUGCGUCGCUCGACCUGCUACGUGCGUCGCUCGACCUGCUACGUGCGUCGCUCGACCUGCUACGUGCGUCGCUCGACCUGCUACGUGCGUCGUUCGACCUGUUACGUGCGUCGCUCGACCUGCUACUCGAGACGUUCGACCUGCUACUUGCGUCGCUCGACCUGCUACUCGAGACGUUCGACCUGCUACUGCGUCGUCGUCAGGUGAAGCUGCGUUCUCUGCAAGCUCAUGACGUUCCCUUCUCUGCAAGCUCGUGA